UCAUCACAGUACCUCCAGUGCCAGUGACAGUUCCUCUUUUUACAACAGCAGCAUUUACUUGUGAAGGAACUGGAGACAUAUUGAAUUGGGCAGCACGUAAUAGUGAAGACACUGAAGCAUUUACUCUUGACAUUCGACAACAAAGAAACAUCACAUAUACUGAUCCUGGUAUUGGUCCUGGUAACUUAUCAUCAGUACUUACUAUCAGUGGGUUACCUGUUAAUGAUGACUUACAAAUUAGCUGUCAAAUAAUAUCAUUUCAACCAUUCGAACAAGUGAUAUCUUAUAGUACACUAAAAUUAAGAGAUGUUUCACCAGUUGAAGAUUUAAAAUUUAAUUUCACUUCAAGUAGCUCUCUUGAAAUAACAUGGUCACCUGCUGUUUAUCGGUUUCCUCCUCACUCACCUGUCACUUAUCAAGUAUUAGUUACUGAUGAGGAAGAUGGAGAUAUCAUACUGGAUGGAAAUACACCUGACACAAAUUAUACAGUGCCUAAUGUUACACAAUGUGAUUCAUUCAAUAUCAGUAUAACAGCACUGGUGGAUCAAUAUGCACCUAAUGACAAUGAUACUGCCAGAAGUAAUACUGGAAGUUAUAAUCUUACUGUUACUAAAAAUCUGGAACACAGUGUUUCUUUUGAGGUUAGUUCCAUGCCAUCAUCAUAUUGUGAGAAGAAGCUAUUUGUUAAAGAUCAAUCUGAUGGUUCUGUACUAGUGGAUGAUGAAAUACUUAGUGGUGAUCAUAAAAAUAUCACAUUAGAGCCGUUUAGAAAAUAUCAAUUGUUAACUGAAGUUAAGAACUUAAGGAAUAAGGUUGAGGAUAAAAACUACACCAUCAUAUCUACAUAUAAUGUACAAGAUCUGCUAGUAUCUACUGAAGGGAAUGGAUCAGUUAGUGUACAGUGUGUGUUUGUAUCAGGAUCAACUGCUGAUGGAUGUCAUGUGAUAUUUACUGAUACUAGAAAUGGAAGGAAUGAAUACUUUAAUAUAACUGGGUUAGAUCAUGCAAUACUAUCAUUAUCAACCAGUGGAACCUAUCGUGUUACUGCUCAUAAUAUUUUCAAUGGGUACAUUACUCCAUGGACUUGUGUAAAACCUAAACAAGUUAAUGUGACUAUCACACCAUCCAUUAUUAGCACCACUAAUUCUGUUGAUUCAAUGUCUUCUACUAUAAAUGAUGUUCUUACGUCUCCAUUACCUUCUCCAACUGACUUUAUUGAGGGAACUGAUGACAGUUCAUCACCUGGUUCAGAAACUGGUAGUAACUCAAUACUUUUUAUCAUUUCUGGAGUGAUUGGUGCUUGUUUAUUGGUGAUAAUAGUAAUAUUCAUAGUGGCAGCAUUGUUAUUGAUGUAUAAGAGACAAGCUAAGAAGAAAGGGGUUAUUUUGACUUCAGAAAUUGCUAUCUGUCAUCAACCCCAAGCAGAGAUGAGUCAUUAUCAAGAGAUACCUAUUGGAACAGUAUCUAUUGAUGUGUCAAAUGAUGAAAGAUCUUCAGGUCCAACAAGUGAACCAGUACAAGGGAAUAUAGUGGAUCCUUAUCAUGUUUCUUCUGAUGAAUUACUAGCUAUAAGGAAUGGGCAAACUCAAACCAGCUCACCAUCAUCUAGCUCUGACUCUAUUGGUUCACCUUUUAGUGCCACCCCAUUGAUACAACAUGAUGAUGAGAACACAUUCAAUACUGGUCCUACUGUUACUGUUACUAACAAUACUGCUACUUAUGCUGUUAUUGGUAGAAGGACUGAUACUACUGAUGUACCACUACCUACUGACCAAUGUGUUGAAUAUAGUAAUGUUGCUGGAGAUAUUAGCAAGAGAGGUGUGGCUAAUGCUUACAAUCGCGAUAAUCAUAAUGAGUCUAACACCAACAACACUAUUCAUGGAGAUUUCAAUCCAGCUAUUGCCGCAGAAAUUUCUCCUCCUCCCUAUGAUGAUUUGGACACCAUUACUAAUCCUGUCAUUGGACCUAUUCCUGAAUCUGUUACUGUGCCACUUCAGGCUUUACCAGUUGAUUAUCUUUAUCCUCAAGCUGAGGAAGAAUCUCACAUAAAAGGAGCUUCCAGUCUUUUUGUUACAUCACCAGUUGAACAACCAAAAGAUGGUUACGAUGAUCAUUCGUCAAGUCGUUUGUUAGAAUAUUUCUUUGUUGAAUUUACUCCUCUUCCUGUCUGGACGUUCUCUCAUCAACCACAUGAAGAUAACAAUGUUAAUGCUGCUUCCACACAAGAUGAAGAAAAAACUCUUCUCUAUCAUGAUUUAUUUGAUGAUUUGGAUGUAACUCCACUUGAAAAUCUUGAUCGUGAAGAAGAAUUUGGUCAUUCUGAUGUGAUGCUAGUUCCUCAUUUUACAUCACAGUACUUUUCAAAAGGAGAAGAAGAAAGAAAUUUUGGUGUGAAGUCACAUGGUAAAGAAGAGAAUGAGGAAGUAAAGAAUGGUGAAAACAUUGAUGAGCUUUAUAAUACUACUGAAGUUCAGAAAGGAAAUGGUCAUGUGGCUCUACCAAUAAUGACACCUUUAAAAAAGAGAAAUGAGGAGCCUAAAAAAGCAUUUAGACAAGCAAGCAUGGAAAUAUUGAUUGUUGGAGAUUCUGGAACUGGUAAAAAAAGUUCACCAUGCAAUACUUUGAUUGGUGAAUAUGUACAUCCAACUGGAUUGUUUGCUGGAUCUUAUGGAAUUGGUGUAAGUACAAUAUUGCCCUGUUUUUGUCCAAAAAUAGUAGAAAUUAAGAAGAUAUUGGACAGCUCUUGUCAUUUUUUAUUUGAUAUGUCAUUGCAGCCUGAUGAUUAUUACUAUGACUUUGAUUUUGAUUGUUACAUUAAGGCAAUGACAAAGAAGUUUUUUAUGAAAGCAUUUAAUGACACAUUGACUGAUGAUUCAAGAAAUAAAAUAAUAACUCUUUCUGAAUGUUGCUAUCGAUGGAAAAAAUGGGAUAAAAGAACGGCCUGUAUAUGGCCAAAUUGGGAUUACAACAUUCCAUGGAAUUUGAAAAUCUUGAGUCAUGAACGAAGUGUGAAUGCUACUAAUGCAAGUGCAUAUGUACCCCCCAUUGGAUGUGAAGAGAUGAAGACUUGUGAUGGUUGCUAUUAUUAUGAAGAAAAGUGCCUCAAAGAAACAAAAGAGAAUACAUAUUUUGGAGGGUGGAAUUGGAAGACUGCCUCAAUUACAAAGUUGCAAGAAUUAAUAUCCAAUGUUGGAAUUUUGCUCUACUAAACAUACCUGAUUAAAGUUGCAACUUAUAAUGUUGCAAUUUACUAUUAUUGCUGCUCUUUAUAUAAACAUGUACUUUUUUGCUGUCAUUCUGCUUCUUAGUUAUCCCCCACUUUAUUGCAGUUUAGUUAUCCCCACUUUAUUGCUAUUAUUACUGUUACUUUAUUGCUGCUUAGUUAGUUAUCCCCACUUUAUUGCUAUUAUUACUGUUACUUUAUUGCUGCUUAGUUAGUUAUCCCCACUUUAUUGCUAUUAUUACUGUUACUUUAUUGCUGCUUAGUUAGUUAUCCCCACUUUAUUGCUAUUAUUACUGUUACUUUAUUGCUGCUUAGUUAGUUAUCCCCACUUUAUUGCUGCUUUGUUAUUACUCUUACUUUAUUGCUGCUUUGUUAGUUCAGAUGGUUAUUUUUCUUUUUGCUAAUAAUAAUUGAAAACA